AUGACCUUCAACAUUAUAAUUUUGUCACUCUUCUUCUUCAUCGGCUUCCUCCUCAAUUCUUCUUCUGCUCAAUUCAUAGGUCGUAAUGAGUUUUACGCUCACUGCUCCACCCGCAGUAAUUUCACUGCCAAUAGUACCUUCGACUCUAACCUCCAAACUCUAUUUUCUUCCUUCACUUCCAACAAAACCGCCAACCUCGACUUCUACAACACCACCGUUGGCCACGGCAGCGAGACCAUAUACGGCCUCUUCAUGUGCCGGGGUGACGUCAACCAAGACAUAUGCCGCCAGUGCGUAGCUGACUCAACCCUAGAUAUAGGUUCCGUAUGCCGAUUUUCGAAGGAGGCCGUAGACUGGCGCCAUCCGUGCUUGGUUCGCUAUUCCGAUCGCAACUUCUUCUCCACCGUCACUACAAUGCCUACACUCCGAUUGUUGAACCCUGCCAAUUUCUCGAAUCAGGCAGGAUUCAUGAACGUAUUGACGUUUAUUAUGAACCAGUCGGCGGAUGAGGCUUCCAAGUCUGCUGAGAUGAAGAAGUUUAAGACGAAUGCGGUGGCGGUACAGUUUCAAACUCUGUACGUUCUGGUUCAGUGCACGCCUGACCUUUCGUCGGCCGAUUGCAGAAGGUGUCUGAGCGGAGUGAUUGGGCACUUUAGAUGGUGUUGUGAUGGGAAGAUCGGAGGAAAAGUGCUAUAUCCAAGCUGCCUCGCUCAUUAUGAGUUGUAUCCGUUCUUUAAUUCUUCAACGCCUCUUCUGCCAGUAACGCUGCCGCCUCCUCCGGCUCUACUUUCUCCUCCAAAUCCUGUUGUGGUUGCUUCUGUUGGUGUUUUGGGGAUAUUUAUUCGUCUCGCCUGCUAUCUCUUAAAUAGUCUAAUAAAGAAGAGACGCAACGCCGUUCUCAGACAAAAAUACUUUGGAAAUGAAAGCAACAACUUAGAACCUUUGCAAUUUAGUUUGGUCACUAUUGAAGCUGCAACAAAUAAUUUUUCAGAUGAGAAGUGUUUAUUAGGACGAGGUGGAUUUGGAAGAGUUUACAAGGGCAUUCUUUCAAACGGCCAAGAAAUAGCUGUCAAGAGACUUUCAAAAUGUUCAGGUCAAGGCGCAGAAGAAUUCAAGAACGAGAUUUUAUUAAUUGCCAAACUCCAGCACAGAAAUUUGGUAGCUUUGCUUGGAUAUUGCAUAGAAGAACAAGAGAAAAUUCUUAUCUAUGAAUAUGUUCCGAACAGAAGCCUUGAUUACUUUCUAUUUGGUUCCACAGAAGGAAAAGUAUUAAGUUGGAUGGAGCGUUGUAAAAUUAUUGGAGGAGUAGCUCGAGGAAUUCUUUAUCUCCAUGAUUAUUCCCGUCUUAAAAUUAUACAUCGUGAUUUAAAGCCAAGCAAUAUUUUAUUAGAUGAUGAAAUGAAUCCAAAAAUUUCUGAUUUUGGAUUGGCUAAAAUGGUUGCCAUCAACUCACAAGAGGGAAGUACAAAUAGAAUUGUUGGAACGUAUAGUUAUAUGUCUCCAGAAUAUGCGAUGUAUGGACAAUAUUCUGAAAAAUCAGAUGUUUUUAGUUUUGGAGUUAUAAUUUUAGAAAUCACUACUAGAAAGAAGAACACAAGCCGUCAAAAUGAAUCACAAUAUGUUGAUGGCCUAUUGAGCUAUGCUUGGAAGCAAUGGAAAGAGGAAAAGUUGCUGGAGAUAUUAGAUUUAAAUAUAAAAGAAUUUGCGUCAUAUAAUGAAGUGAUCAGAUGCAUUCAUAUUGGUUUGUUAUGUGUUCAAGAAAAUCCAGAUUCAAGACCCACAAUGGCAACGGUUGUUUCAUAUCUUAGUAAUGAUUCCAUUCAACUGCCAUUGCCACGGGAACCUGCAUUCUUUCUGCACGAUGGAAUGAAGCCCAAUACCAGUGGAAGUAAGGAAUCAGGCUCCAUUGUUGAAGUGUCUAUGAGUGAAUUCUAUCCUCGUUAG